AUGCUACCUCUGGAAAGGAGUGGACCGCAACCGAUCGACGAUGUCCUCCGAAUGAUACAACAGGAUUGGGAGUUUAUGGCCGCCGAUGACUGCAUACCCGUUCAAGUUGGCUUGCAGUUGAUGGACUCAAGUACUCUGGGCAAGGCGGAUCGAGAGCCCGAUUUCAUACGCACAUAUAAGCAAAUACAAAAAUCUUUGAAAUCGAUUGUCAAUGAACAUCACCAGGGCUUCAAUAGUUCUAUUGGAACAUAUCAUACUAUCCAGUCAAGUAUCCAAAGUUCCCAAAACCGCCUCCGAAUACUGAAGGGGACUCUGGCUGAAGCGAAAGCGGGGUUACUUACAACGAAGCCAGAGUUGAAAGGACUUGCGACGGCUUCUCAGAAUUACGAUGAUAUACUACAAUUAUUCAGCCAGAUCGAAAAUAUCCAAUCACUACCGGAAAAGCUAGAAGCACGUGUAUCGGAAAAGAGAUUUAUUGCUGCGGUAGAAAUCCUCAAAGAUGCGCUGCGGCUUGUGAAUAAGCCGGAGUUUGACGGAAUCGGAGGUCUUCGAGAUCUGCGAACAUAUUUCAGCAACCAGGAACUAUCGUUGACAGAUAUCCUGAUCGAGGAGCUACACGAUCAUUUGUAUCUUAAGUCUCCGUAUUGCCAGGACCGCUGGAAGCUGACAACCGGUGGCGAAGCCAAAGAUGGACCAAAACCACCAGGUCUAAGUAAUGUGACACAUUGGGAUAGGCCAGUUUACCACUUUCUAGCCAACCUGGAUAUGAAAACACCCAUCGCGGAAGAUGCCUCGCGUAAUCCGGAGACUGAUACUUUCCAUUAUAUACGCGUGGUCAUCGAGGCGUUAAACAAAAUGGGCAAUCUUGAACUUGCUGUCGAUCGGAUCGAACAACGGCUUCCGGUUGAGCUUUUCGCUAUUGUCGAUAAAACAGGCUCCGAAGUCGCAGCCCGCUAUCCUGAACAUAGACGAAGUCAACAGCCACGAGACAGCACGGUUCGUUGCAUGCCUAACGAACUGGGUGGAGACAGGGGAUAUGUUCUGUCAGAAUUUAUGUGGAAUCUCUAUGCGAAAUUCGAGGCUAUUGCUGAAGGCCACCGCAUCGUACAUGAUGUCGUUGCGGGAAUUGUGGAGCGAGAAAACAUUCGGAAGUCUGGGUCGCUCACAAGUGGUUUCAAGGAGCUGUGGAAACUGUACCAAAGCGAGAUUCGGUCCCUUUUGCACGAUUACCUAGCUACAGAUGGAGAAGUCAGCUAUCGGGCUCAAUCUAAUAUCUCUGAUGAUAAAUACACACAGACAUCUAACAAAAGAGAUAGAACGAAGAAAUUGUUCAAACUCUCCGAAGUAGAUGAGAAAUCAUCGGAUAUGAAAGCUGAACAGAACGAGCUAGAGGAGAUCCUGAGAUCAUCAGUGCCCGGCCUUGUGUCGAAAUCCCGCCAAAAAACAUCUACCACCGACUCAUCCAGAUCAAGGCAAGAAAAUUCUGGGACCGGACACAAGCUCCUGAUCGAACCCAGCGUUUUUAAUAUGAGUCUACUUCUUCCUCCAUCCCUCUCUUUCAUUCAACGAUUGAAAGACAUUGUCCCUCUCACUUCGGAUAUCGUCAUGAGCACCCUUACCUCCUUCCUCGAUGACUUCCUGAUCAAUGUUUUCCAGCCACAGCUGGAUGAAGCUGUAACAGACCUCUGCGCGAUGACUUUUAUUGCACCAGAUGCAUUUACCGAGGAUCCGCAGUGGACAAGGGUUUCACGACGGCCCAUUUUUAAAGGAACAAUUGCGUUCAUGGAACUUGUCAAAACGUUUUGCAAAAUGCUCAACAGAAUUCCUCAUGAUCAGGCUUUCACACAGUUGGUUAUACACCAGAUUGUAACGUAUUAUGAUAAAUGUUAUGGCAUGUACAAAGCACUGGUUGCGCGUGUCUCUGCUCAACAUACCGGAGGGCUGCACUCGAAAGCUGCGGCUGCAUACGCUGAAUCUGGGGAAAUUCGAGAAACCACAGAACAGCUAUGGGAAUGCACCGAUGACAAGCAACGACAGGAUUUGAUAGCUAAAGUGCUUACCCUUUCUCUGGCACGAGGUUUUCUAGCUAACCUCUCAAGCAACACAUCCCCUUCCACCCCCCCAGCCACCCCACCAUCCUCCUCAAAAGCUACAGAGUUGCCACACGUCUUAUUAGCCCCGCCAUCUUCCGCCUCUCCUGCAAUCAUCGAACUGAACAACGACCUGAUCACCUUUGACGCCAACGCCGCCAUGUACCUCGGCCCAAACGAAUGCCGCUUCAUAACCUCCGGCCUCGCACAGCUGAUUGACCGCGCCUUCAUCUCUGCAACACGCUUCAUAGGCGCGAUGAACCACAACGGCGCCCUCCGCCUCCAACUCGACGUGCUAGUCCUGCAACAGAAUCUGAAAAACAUCAUCGUACAUCCUUCACCACCACCGCCAUCCUCAUCCUCAUCCUCACACACCACCAAAGAAACCGUCGCCAAAAAGCCCUCUUCGCAACCGGAGCCAGGACAAGAAGAGGAAGUCGUCGCCCUCCCCCGCUCCGCCAAGUUCCUCGACUGGUUCCUCGACGGCGCGGAGAAAGCGCUCGAGAAUGCGCAGGCCGAGCAGGAAGAGUUCAAGACGCACGGGGCCGAGAAGGCGCUGCAGGCGGGCAAUGGGGAGCCGUUUACGUAUGAGGAGAUGAGGGUGUUGGUGGAAUUGUGCUAUUCAGCGAUUCUGAAGGGACCUGCGGGCCGGGAGAGUAGUCGAGAGGACUUCUUGGCAGCGAAGAGGGCCUGUGGAGAUGCGUUGUUGAGGUUGAGUGAGUUUAUGUGGGAUUCGUAG